AUGGAAACUCACACACCAGUAGUGCUUCCCACUAGAUCUUCAAAGUAUACUAAUAUAGGGCUGAGAGUCCUCACCUCAGCUCUUCUCUUCAUGUCACUGGUCAUCCUUGUCACCAAUGUUAAGUCAAAUUAUACGGGCUUGAAGACGACACUUCACUUCUAUGAUCGUGUCGGAUACCGGUACAUGGCUGCCGCAGUUGUUAUUGGACUUGCCUAUUCGAUAAUGCAAACUGUAACAGCAGUUAUCCGCAUCAAUAAGUACAGUACUCAAGGAAACAUCUUACUUGACUUCUACGGUGACAAGGUUGUAUCAACUAUAAUAGCUACAGGAGCAGUUGCAGGCUUUGCUAUGACCGGAGAACUUCAGAGAGACGCUGGAAAAGGCUGGACUGAAUAUUAUCACAAAUAUUUCGGAAUGUCGCAUGCAGCAAAUGGACUUGCCUUCCUCGGAUUUGUCUGCGCUUUCAUAUCAUCUGUUUUCUCGUCAUAUGCACUCCCAAAGAGAUUUUAG